AGUAGUUGUUGUCAGUUUGUCACCUGAGGGGUGAUCUGAUCAGAGGAGAUCGACGACGACGACGACGACGACGACGGCGAGGCAGGAGGACACGGUGCGCGUGAACAUCGAGACGAUGCUGGAGCAUCUGACCACGCCGGCGGCGAGGCUGGGCGACGGCUACUCCAUCUACCGUGUCCCGGCGAACGUCGACAGGAAGCACUACGAGCCGAGGCUGGUCUCCGUCGGCCCGUACCACCGGAGCAAGCACCACCUCAGCGCCAUGGAGGACCGGAAGCGCCUCUACCUCCUCCGGUUCCUCGACGACGGUGGCGAGAGCGGCCACCGCCGCGGACUUCUGCUCCAGGACUGCAUCGACAGGGUGCGCGAGCUCGAGCCGCGGGCGCGCGCGUGCUACUUCGAGAGCCCGGCCACCGGUGACGACGGGGAAGACGACGACGGCGACAUGUUCGUCGAAAUGCUCCUCCUCGACGGCUGCUUCGUGGUCCAGUUCUUCAUCCAGUGGUUCUCCGGCGUCGCCGACCCCAUCUUCAACGUCGGCUGGAACCUCCCGCUGCUGCACACCGACCUGCUCAUGCUCGAGAACCAGAUCCCCUACUUCAUCCUCCUCGCGCUCUACGACGCCUACACGCAUGACGGCGACGGCGACCUCGACCGGCCGGCGCGGCGGCCCAAGCCGUCGCUGACGAGCAUCAUCACCGCCUACUUCAGCCAGAAGGAAGGUCGGCAGCCGGCGGCGACGGAGACGGCGCAGCUGCAGGAGGAGGACGACAUCGACCACCUCCUCCACCUCUACCACUCCACCUUCGUCAAGCCACCCGAUCACCUGCCGGCGCGGCGGCACCGCCACGGCGGCGGCGGCAGCAGACCGCCGAGGACGAUCCGCUGCGCCAAGGAGCUGGCCAUGCACGGGGUGAGGUUCGUGCCCAAGGUCGGGACGAGCAACAUCCUCGACGUCGCGUUCCACGACGGCGUGUUCGAGAUCCCGCGCGUCGCCGUCGACGACUCCACCUGCACCCGCUUCAUGAACCUCGCCGCCUUUGAGCAGUGCCGCGGCGGCGACGCCGAGACACCGGCGGCGGGGAAGCACCUGACCAGCUACGUGGUGCUGAUGGACUACCUGAUCAACACGGCGGAGGACGUGGUGAUCCUGGAGCGCGCCGACGUGAUGGAGAACAAUCUGGCGAACGAGGAGGCGGCGGCGGCGUUCUUCAACCAGCUCCGCGUCUGCUCCUACAUCGACUACGACGACCACUACCUGGCGCCGGUGUACCGCGACGUCGACGCCUUCUGCCGCCGCAAGUGGCCCAAGUACAAGGCCAAAUUCCGCCGGGACUACCUCAACAGCCCGUGGGCGAUCGUCGGCUUCUGCUUCGCCACCACCUUCGCCGUCGUCACCUUCUUCAACACCAUCGUCAACAUACUCAAGACGUUCUUCCAUGUCUUGCAUUGAUCAUCCAAUGAUCGAUAUGUGCAGUGCCUUGCUCACUGCAGAGAAUUAUUAUCUUUGUUUUAAAUCUAUCUAUCGAUCUGUUCUUCUACCGCCAUAAGUAAAAAAACAUAAGACAUGUAUUGAAGACGUUAAUCAUAGACAUGUCUACAUAUUGCUUAUUGGAGACAUCUUUGC